AUGUCCGACCCGAAGUCAGAGUUGAUGCAACAAGUGCGCCAACAAGCCGCUCUCCAAAAUGCUCGGCAAUUGGUCGACAAAGUCAACGAACACUGCUUCGAGCGCUGCGUGCCGAAACCGGGGACAUCAUUGAGCUCGGGCGAGACGACAUGUUACACGGCUUGCAUGGAUAAGUACAUGAAGGGUUGGAACAUUGUCAGCCAGCAAUAUCUCAGUCACAUACAGAAGGGCCCCGCGGCCGGGCAGUCACCUUUUUGA